CCCUUCCUCUUAUAUGCUUUCUCUCACUAACAUUUCUUUCUCUCUCUCUCAACUGUCCCUGAAGAACAUCAAAUUUGAAAUCCAUGGAUUUUGAUUCCACCUCCCCCUCCGGCACCCACCACCACCACGACGCCGCCGUCGUCCGCGCCCUCCAUCUCAUCCAAUCCGACGACCCCGAUUCCAAGCUCCACGCCGCCUGCGAAAUCCGCCGCCUCACCAAAACCUCCCAACGCUCCCGCCGACACCUCUCCCAAUCCAUCCCCCACCUCGUCUCCAUGCUCCACUCCCCGGAAUCCCACCACCACGCCGCCCUCCUCGCCCUCCUCAACCUCGCUGUCAAAGAUGAGAAGAAUAAGAUCAGGAUUGUAGAAGCUGGUGCUUUGGGACCAAUAGUUGGUUUUCUUCAAUCAGAGAGUUUGAACCUACAGGAGAAUUCAGCUGCAUCUUUACUCACUCUAUCUGCUUCUACUGUCAACAAGCCAUUAAUAAGUGCUGCUGGUGCCAUUCCCCUCCUUGUGGAGAUUCUUAGAUGUGGAAGCCCACAAGCCAAGGCUGAUGCUGUGAUGGCUCUUUCCAAUCUUUCAACACUUCCACAUAAUCUUAGUAUCAUUCUAGAUUCAAAGCCAAUCCCUUCAAUAGUUAGUCUGCUGAAAACUUGUAAAAAAUCUUCAAAAACAGCUGAAAAAUGCUGCUCGCUAAUUGAAUCCUUAGUUGGUUUUGAUGAAGGCAGAAUCGCAUUGACAUCUGAAGAAGGUGGAGUUCUUGCAGUUGUAGAAGUGCUUGAGAAUGGCUCUCUUCAAAGUCGUGAUCACGCUGUCAGUGCACUACUGACAAUGUGUGAGAGCGACCGGUGUAAAUACAGAGAACCCAUCUUAGGAGAAGGGGUAAUCCCUGGGCUUCUUGAACUCACUGUACAAGGAACACCGAAAUCUCAGUCAAAGGCCAAAACCCUGCUGAGGUUAUUAAGGGACUCUCCAUAUCCAAGAUCCGAGCUUCAACCCGACACAAUCGAGAAUAUCGUUUGUAACAUCAUCUCUCAGAUCGACGGAGACGACGAUCAAUCUAGCAAAGCAAAGAAGAUGCUGGCAGAGAUGGUGCAAGUGAGUAUGGAGCAGAGUUUGAGGCAUUUACAACGACGAGCUCUGGUAUGUACCCCCACCGAUAUGCCGAUUAAUACUUGCACCUCUGAAGUGUCUUUAAAGUAACAAAAAUUGUACUUCCAUGGAGUUUGUAAGAUAAAGUUCUUACUGUUCUUAAUGUUAGAAAACAGGAAAUGAAAAUAAGAUAUAGGAAAAGCAAGCCAGUCCAGGCAGAUUGUGUUAGUGUCGGGAGACUGGUAUGUCAAUAAAAACUUGGAAUGGAAUCUGUAUGAGGUUGAGAUCAUAGUUGUUUUCUUCUUUCUUUUUUCUUUCUCUUUGAUUGUUCUGUAAAGGCACUGUUGUAUUACAGUAUAGAAAUAGUGAAGUCUUAAAGUGUUCAUUUCCCCAAGCCUUGGCCGACUCAAGCCUAGUUCAAGUAACGAGGGUUUUAAAACCCUUUUCUCUGAAUUAUUAGUAGAGUACAAACUCCAUGUGCAUGCAUAGCACAAAUGCCAAUACUCGAUGAUCAUAAUACAAAGAGAAAGAAGGAUAAAGGAAUUGGGAAUGAGUUCUUUUCUUGGGUUACAAGUGAUUUUGGGGAAAUGCUCUUGCCUUGGAUCCCUUUUCUAUCAAAUCCAAAUCUUGUUGCAAGGAGAAAGAGGGAAGGAAUCUUGAUGGUAACUUGUUGUAACUGGAUAUGCACAUUUUUAACUUGUACAGAUGAUCCAAAAUUAUUAAUUUCAAGGGGUUGUAGUUG